UGCAAUAAAGCGUCUUUGGAGAUGUGACACACACCCUUAAGAGAAAUACUUGAACAUAACGUUAUGUGCGAGUCAUUUCUUGGUGGUUAAACAAUUAAAAAGCUUCACUGAGUUUUCUUUGAGGUAGUUCUGGGUAUGCUGCCAGGAUAGUGAAAGCUCUAGUGUUCAGAAAAUGGCCACAGGUCUAACAAACGUUCUUAAGGAGUGGAAAUGUCUCGAAGAAGACUAUCAACAACUUCAGGAGACCCACAGACUGUACUUACAGAAACUGGAUGAAAUUUCCAAACUACAAAAAAGCUGUUCUUCCUCCAUAAGCAAUCAGCGUAAAAGACUGAAAGAGGUGUCCCACUGUGUAAUAAAAAAAUGCAGCACAGGACCAUCUGACGAAGAUGAUAAGACACUGGAGGAAAUAAAGGCGAAAAUAAAGACACGACCAAAUUCUUUCUCUGAAAUGGAGGCUUGCCUUCCCAAGAAAAAUGGGCUGUACCUGAGUCUUGUUUUGGGAAAUGUGAAUGUCACCUUCCUCAGCAAGCAGUCAAAAUUUGGCUACAAAGACGAAUACGAGAAGUUCAAGCUGUACCUCACAGUGCUCCUGCUGCUUUUCUCCUUCAUGUGCUAUUUCUUUGUGAGCUACAGAUUUCUUGAUGCAAUACUCAAUUUCCUGCUGGUGUGGUACUACUGCACACUUACAAUCAGAGAGAGUAUCCUCAUUACCAACGGCUCCAGAAUCAAAGGCUGGUGGGUUUUCCACCACUAUGUCUCCGCAUUUUUGUCCGGUGUCAUGCUUACAUGGCCAGAUGGGAACCUGUAUAAGAUUUUCAGGAACCAGUUCCUCGCUUACUCCUUGUACCAAAGUUUUGUUCAGUGUCUGCAGUGCUAUUAUCAGAGCGGGUGUCUGUACAGAUUACGAGCUCUGGGAGAAAGACACAACAUGGAUCUGACCGUGGAGGGAUUUCAGUCGUGGAUGUGGAAAGGGCUGACAUUUCUUUUGCCCUUCCUGUUUUUUGGUCAUUUCUGGCAGCUCUUCAAUAGCGUGUCUCUCUUCAGAAUGGCUCAGCUCCCAGAUUGUAAGGAAUGGCAGGUCCUGAUGUGCGGUCUCUGCUUCCUUGUUCUGUUCAUGGGAAACUUCUCCACCACUGUUGCUGUGGUCCGUCAGAAGAUGAAGAGCAGGAGUCAGAAAAAGAGCCUCUGAUCCAAAAUAAUAAAAAUAAACAUCUCUACAAAAGGUGGUCUCACAUGGCCCUGUCAUUAUUAAUGUUCAUAUAAUCCUUAUUUGUGUCAACUGUUUCUGUUAUGUAAUUAUUCCAUCACAUUCUUAUUUAUCGACUGGAUAAAUCAACUUUGAAGGUUAAAUUAUUCUCCACAAUACUUUCAUGUAAAAUAAUCCUUACAGGAAGAGACGAAUAGCCUCGAAUAAAGUCUUCAAUUCUAGAGACA